AUGGCGACUGCUAAUAAGGAUCAGAAGGCGAAGCCCAGUGCUUUCCGCUCCAUCAUUGCGGGGUCCACCGCCGGAGCCGUGGAGAUCGUCGCCAAAACCCGCACACAACUCAAUCGCCAGCUUGCUCAGGGCCAAAAGCUGCCAUGGCCACCAUUUGGAAGCCAGUGGUACGCAGGAUGUACCACGCUGAUUAUCGGAAACUCUCUUAAGGCUGGAAUUCGUUUUGUCGCUUUCGAUGCGAUCAAAUCAGUUCUCCAAGAUGAGAACGGCAAGAUCUCCGGUCCGAGGACAGUCGUUGCUGGAUUCGGUGCUGGAUUCACUGAAUCUCUGCUUGCUGUCACUCCUUUUGAGAGCAUCAAGACUCAACUGAUCGACGACCGCAAGUCUGCCAACCCACGGAUGCGGGGCUUCUUGCACGGUAGCAAGCUUAUUUUCCAGGAAAGAGGUGUUCGGGGCUUCUUCCAGGGUUUUGUCCCUACAACGGCCAGACAGGCUGCGAACUCGGCAACUCGGUUCACGGCGUACACAACCCUGAAGCAACUUGCUGAGGGCUACACGGCACCGGGAGAGAAGCUGGGAACCAUCAGCACUUUCGGUAUUGGAGGUAUUGCAGGCUUGAUCACUGUCUAUGUGACACAACCUUUGGAUACAGUCAAGACCCGAAUGCAAUCGCUCGAGGCUAGCAAGCAUUACAAGAAUAGCUUUGUCUGCGCUGCCAGAAUCGUCAAGGAUGAAGGUGUCUUCACCUUGUGGUCCGGCGCUAUGCCACGCCUCGCCAGACUCAUCAUGAGCGGAGGAAUUGUGUUCACAAUGUACGAGAAGGCCAUAGAUGCCAUGGAUCUGGUGGAUCCAGAGCGAAAGUACAUAUAG